GUUGGAGUGAAGAGGAGAAAUUGAAACCCAACAGCAGGCACUUUGGCACCAUGAAGGAUGGUCAGCCCAGGAAUCUUGCUCGUCUGCCUGCUUGUCAAUCAUGCUACACCAAAAAAGUCAAGUGUGAUAAUGCGAGACCGAAAUGCUCUCCCUGCACCAAAAAUGGACAGGCCUGUAUGACUGUGAGCCUAAGCGGCAACAAGACAGUCGCACGAGAAUAUAUCUAUCAGCUUGAAGAAAAGAUCUGGAGUCUGCAGGAAGACAUUAGAGAAGCGCAGAAUGCAGUGCAGACCUCGAAUCAUGAGCCGUCUGCUGAGAGACACGAGGACAUCGCCGACAAUACAGACGAGGCUGAGACGAAUGAUGGGGCGUAUUCCUCCCCAAGCCUUACAGAGGGCGCAGGCCUUAGCUUUAUACGCCCCUUGUUUGCCGAUGCUGGAUGGAAGCAGCAGAACCCAAAACUGCUUCAGAACCUGUCCAAAACAUCAUCCAUUCCAGAAAUGGCAAUAUCACCGAACCCGCUUCCCUCGUUGGAGGAGGCCAGGGCUGUAUUUGACAGCUACCUCAGCAGCUCGCAUGUACAAAAUCCAUUCUUGCUUCGACGAGAUGUGCAGAAACUGUUUGAUCGAGUAUACCCAGCACAUGAAUUGCCUAUUCCACAAACAUCUAGUAAUAUUACAAAACACGAUCGAUAUCGCACCUUUAUGAUUCUGGCAGUGGGAUCUGUUCCGCUAUAUCGAAAUGGGAAACAUAACCACCAUCCAUAUGGAUACUUCCUUUCGGCAAUGGGAAACAUCGAGCUCAACCUUCUCUCGAGGGGAUUGGAAUCUAUCCAGGAUCUCUUGCUGAUUGGUAGAUUUGGGAUCUAUCACCACAUUAGUACGUCAAUAUGGGAAAUUGUGCGACUGUGCAUGCGGAUGUGCGUCGAGCAAGGUCUUCACAAAGGCCAAUUUGGUCCAGGGCAGAGCCUCCUCGAUGAACAGCUGUCACGGCGCGUCUUUUGGGAAUGCUAUAUGAUUGAUCGAUAUAGUUCGAUCACUCUCGACCGACCUGCUGCAAUUGCCGACGACGAAAUCCACGUUGAUUUCCCGGUCGAUGCUGAUGAUGGUGAGAUUGAAGCUGCUGGUGCAUCGGGCGUCUUUCCAGAUCUCGACUCAUUCGCCAAUACCAAAGCACAGAUGGGCUCUAACAGAACCACGGAAACGUCAGUCUUCCUCCUCUGCUUGAGAUUGCGCAAAAUCACAUCCAAGACGCACUUGAAGUUUCAGCAACUCUCGAAGACCCAGGGCUCAUCAUCGAUGACAGACUCUUUCAUGGCGAGUGGCACCAUCUAUGCCAUUGUUGAUGAACUACUUUGUGAUCUAGACGCCUGGCGAGAGUCCGCACCUCAAUAUCAAACUCCAAAAUGCUUGUACGAGAUGCAGGAAUGGUACGAUCUGCUGCUCAUGAGAGAACGACUGCUUCUGGUUCGCAAAGCUAUAGACAUUGUCCCGCGAAUCAGGAAUAUACCACCGCAGGAUCUUCUAUCAAUUUGUCUUCAAUGUGCGAUUGGAGCGAUUCUCAUUUUCUCCUCCCUAUACGAGCAGAAGAAAAUCACAUAUACUCGAAGUUACUUCCAGCUGCUGUUUACUUCUGGGCUGUCAGUCAUGUUCUGCGUUUCAGCAAUAACAGAGCAUGAUGAGGAGACAGUUCGACAGGCUGCAGAAGCAGUAAGACAAGGGGAGAAAGCCCUCAAGACCAUGGGAAAGGAGCUCUCGGAUGCCGUCCAUUACGUGGCUGUUUAUGAAGCACUGCGGUCAUUCUGCUUGGCCAAGUGGAAGCAUCUACAGGAUAAUCCUUUCUCUACCGGGGGGCGAGUUUCCUCCAGUCAUGAGACGAAUGCCUUCGUGAGAGACCUCCAUCCAGGUCAGGCAGUCAGAGUCGAUAUGUCGAGCCUAGAUUCUGCUCACGAUCAGAGCUUUCAAGACGCCCCCUGGUUGUCAACAUCUAACCUUGCUGAGACACAGCCCAACUUGGCCUAUCAUGAUGCCAGUGCCGAGGGUAGGAUAUGGGAUUGUGAUAUCUUUGGGGACAGUGCAUUAUGGGACAUGGAGGCUGGGCUGGGCGAAUAUGCCUACGGAGACCCGCUGGUAUCUUCAUUUAUGGAUGAAUUCAUAUCUAGUUAGACAGUACAUAAUGGGAUAUACAUGAAAUGUUUAAAGCUUUCCCUGCAGCCUUGAGCUAAUCUCCUCGUAGUUCUGGCUCAUCUUCUUCAUGCCUGCCUGCAGCAUCGACGCAUCCUGGCCACUGAGAGACCAUGUUGCACCCAUCCGGAACCAUUUAUCCAGGAUAUCCAGUCUUCCACCAAUGCCACCAACACCCACAGGCUUGCCCGCCCUGUUGGC